AUGCGUGUGAUUUCGCUCUUCACUACUUUGUUUGUGGCUCUGGCUACUGCUGCCGAUAGCACAACUGUCAUUUCCUACUUCGCCGCGUCCUUUGAGAACUAUUCCCGUCUAGGUGCAUACACCAGCACUAUAGCCCGAGUCAUCGGCAUUGACAAGUACGCUACUACCUACGAGGCCCAAACACUUUUGCCCAUUGGGGUGUGGAAUCAGUAA